CCGAACCCUUUGAAAAAAGUUUGAUUCUUUGAGAAGACUCAUCUCGCUGACAUGGCUCCAACUCCGACUUCUUCGACGGAGAAUAACGGACGCAAGGGAGGAAUGUCAUCUGCGCAACCACUCACAAGCUCUGGAUCCGAAGGCGAUCCACAGUACGCAGGGGUCGAUGAAAGGAAAAGGAAAAGGAUGCUUUCGAACCGCGAAUCUGCAAGGCGAUCGCGACAAAGGAAGCAGAAGCAUUUGGAUGAUAUGAUAGGCCAAGUAAGCGAACUUCAGAAACAGAACUGUGUGAUUGCGCAGAAAACCGAGACAACCUUGCAACGCUACAACCAGGUCGAGUCUGAGAACCAGGUUUUGAGGGCUCGUAUGGCGGAAUUAAAUGAUAGGUUGGAAUAUCUCAAUUCUUUCCUCGGAUUUAUGGAGGAUACAGGGGAUCUCUUCAUGAACACGCCUGAGGUAUCAGAUCCUCUGCUGAAACCAUGGCAACUUCCCUGCCAAUCACAGCCAAUAAUGGCUUCUUCUGAUAUGGGUCCAAUGUUUUUCUAGUGCACAAAUGAGCUUCUGAGAAUAUAUAGUCCGAGUCUUAG